AUACUGCUGUGUAGUUUAACUGUUUCCAGACACAAGCUGUAGCGCCGGCUCUAAUCAACAGCGUGUGUUUUGAAAAGACCUUUCAAAAGGGAAAGAUCCUCUUGCUGGCAGCCUUCUUCCUGUUGGUGGCUACCCCCACCGCCAGCCGCAGGAGCAACAUGGGCAUCGCCAGCAACACGCCUGCCUGCCGCCCCAUCAAUGUCACCAUCGCGGCCGAGAAAGAAGACUGCCUCAUCUGCAUGCCCAUCACCACCACCAUCUGCAGUGGCUACUGCGAGACCAGGGAGAUGUUGCUGAAGGACGAGCGAAUCGUCUUCAACCAGAGAGUCUGCACCUACAGGGAGGUCCGCUACGAGACCACGCUGCUGCGUGGAUGCCCAGCAGGUGUCGAUCCGAUCUUCACGUACCCUGUGGCUGUCAGCUGCCACUGCGACCUCUGCAAAGUGGCCUCCAGCGACUGCACUGUUCAGGGCACUGGGCCAAACUCCUGUAGCAACCCAAACCCCUUUAUCUAAAUGGAGGGGGGCAGCUAAUAAAUGCCAUCCGGAACCAACAGCAGCAAUGCAUCUCUGUGAGUGUAGGGGUCAGAUGGGAUUACCAUGAGGAAUUAUAAAAUAUACAUCAAGCCAUCGUGUCCAUGAUGAAAGCAUUGUGUUGACUGGGUUUGAUAUAUUGACGAUAAUUUCUGAUUAAGUCCCAUAAGUUUCUACAUUCAUGCCCUUUUGAUGCCCUUUUGCCUCUACUGCCCAUUUCUCUCUCCUCACAUGUCACUUACACAGCAGUUGCUUCGCCAGGCAGGCAUCCUGGGCCAUAA